AUGGCCACCGCUGCGACCCUUACUCCUCAUGACGUACCCACCACUCUCAAUUACUAUGCCCCUGUAGGCAACGAGGCUCCGUUCCAGUACGUCGAGACGCCUCCAGAGGGAAAGCCGCAGAACAACAUCGGCCUCGACCCUCAUCCCGUAGUCAUCCAAGAUGCACGAGGCAGAGAGUCGGAGUACUCGAUUGACACGACCGGUUUUCAGUUUGUCAAGCAUGUCAGUGCUGAGAAGGAAUUCGAUGACGAUGAAAGGAUCAAGACUGUGUACUACAAAGAGGUUGAGGAGCUUCUGAAGCGCGAGGUUGGUGCUAAACGGGUCUAUAUUUUUGACCAUACCAUCAGUGGUGAGUUGACAAUGACUACGAUAGGCUCAUUCUUGACGAACGCCCCCUCAAAGGAACGCGUCCACAUUGACCAGACCUUCGAUGCAUCUGUCAAGCGCGUGCAUUAUCAUCUCGGAGAUGAAGCCGACCGUCUUCUCAAGGGACGCGUGCGCAUCAUCAACGUUUGGCGGCCGAUACACCACCCUGUCGCCCACAAGCCCCUCGCCGUUUCCGACUGGCGUUACCUCGAUACGGAACAUGAUCUAGUUUCGGUCCGGUUUAUCUAUCCACACCGCGAGGGCAGCACGUUCAGUGUACGCUACAACCCGGACCACCACUGGUACUAUCUGUCGAACCAAACGCCGGAGGAGGUGACGCUGAUCAAGUGUUACGACUCGGAGGUAGACAGGGCGAGGCUGACGCCGCAUUCCGCAUUCCCGGAUCCGACGAGCUCGCCGGAGGCGCCGCAUAGAGAGUCCAUUGAGAUUAGGUGCCUGGUGUUUGAUACCGAGUGA